AUGCAGUAUGGACCACCCACGCCGAUUGAGCAAAACAAGCCUUUGGAAGAUUCAACGACACCAUUCCGUCAGAAAGAAACCCCAGUGGAUCUCUGGCGCCACAUGAACUCGGACCACCUGGGGUAUCGAGCCUCCGAGUGGGCCCUUCUUGGUGUGGAACGUCGAGACGUUCGCAGCAAGUAUAUUUUUACGCUCCUGCACUGGCCUACACUUACCAUGUUCGCAUGGCCGUUGGACGCCAAAGAUCCGAAGAUGCAAGGUGCCUGUUUUUUGACACAGAUCGAUAAAGAUGCCUCGGGUACUGACGUUUCGGGUUUAGUUCGUGUGAGUCUACGCGUGCUGGAGGAAGUGGUUCGAGCCUGGCUGCGGUAUGUGCGAUCCAAUCCGUCUUUGCGACAUGGCCGUAUCUUCGCUGAGGACGCUGAUAUUCUAGCCAUUUGCCAGGCCCUCUUUUUGUCGCCAGCAUCUGCUGCGCAUCGCCAUGAAUGGCUUCAGCAACAACGCAUCCCCGAUGUGCCUAGUUCUCUGCCGCCAUCACGACCUUCGUCCCCCGACCGAAGCAGUGCACGGCGCACAGCCUCACCCAAGUCCACGGCAUUGUCCGGCAUGCCUUCCCACCUGCACUCUUAG